UCAGCUCGAUCGAGGAGGCUGGCGCUGCACCCGGCGAGACGGUGAAGACGGAGGUGUUCCGCUCGGAGGAAGCCGACGGCAGCAUCGUGACCAAAACGAUUUGUACCACGUUGAAAACAGUGAAAUCUAGUGGGGGUGCGGUGUUGAAAAUGGUGAAGGUUGAGACGACGACUGAGACGGUGUCGGCGGCUGGCAAGAUCAGUACCUCAAUGGUGACGGAGGCCCGGGAGGAGACGGAAGGAACUAGUCUGUUGACGAGCUAUGCGUCUGUUGCGUCUACUUCUGAAUCGAUAGCUGGGGGAGAGGAGGAUAUCACUCGAGAUACUAAGAAGUUUGUGAAGAAGGGCAAGCACAGCAAAAAGGGGAUAACCGAUGCCUCGGUCGUGUUGCAUGGAUCGAUUGAGGCAGAUCAAAGCCAGAGCGUAUGUGCGGCGGCAGCGUGGGGGGAAGAGGUUGGAAGCGUUUCUAUAGUAUCCACGAACCUGAGUACGAGCAUUCAGCCGUUGAAGGUGCAGCGCGGACAAUCGUUCAGAUUGGCAUUCGACGAUCUCAUGUGUGUUGAUCAAGUAAGCGAGAGCUCAAAGGAGCCACGUGACGUUGUAAGAGGUGCUACUGGGUAUGCGGAGUCAGGGACAAUGACUGCGGUAAUUGGGGCGGGCCGAACAGGUAAAGCUGCGUUCCUGGGCGUGUUGGCAGGUGAAGUAGAAGUAAGAAAGGGUACAAUUUUCUACAACGGCAGCGAAGCUAGUGCUCUCGUGAGACGUCGUGCCACAGGCUACUGUUGGUUUGGUGACGAGCACGCUGCUUGGCAUGGGACGACCACGGUGCGUGAAGCUUUGAGUCUGAGUGCCUGUCUGCGUCAAGACGACAGUAUCCCUGAGAAUCGCAAGUUUGAGACGGUCGAGACCUGUCUCGAAUUAUUGGGACUCACUGAGCUGGCUGAUAAGAACAUCGAGGCUUGCUCUGUAGUCGAGACUCGUCUCGUGGCUAUCGGCGUCGAGCUUGCAUUUGCUCCAACUGUACUUCUUCUGGACGAGCCUACAAACGGUCUUAACGAGAAGAAUGCGCUACGCAUUAUCCGUGUGCUGCAGCAAGUGGCACGCACAGGUCGUACAGUGGUGUGCAGUCUUGGUGAUUCGGAGUCUAUGUCGGUGUUGCGCACAUUCGAUCGACUACUGAUGCUAUCAAGCAGUGGUGAGACACUAUUCCAUGGUGAGACUCGUCUGUUAGUUCAGUACUUGGAAGCGCUUCCUGGCGUGAAGAAGAUGAGCAGUAGCAAGAGUAUUACUGCAUGGGCUCUGGAAAGUGUGGGCCAAGGAUCCGUGAUCUCUCACUCAGCUACUUUUACGACAAAGACGACGAUUACAACCGGCAAGGCUCACUCGAACACGAAGAAAAAGCAGAAGAAACAGGCAAGUGCUACCUCGGUGUCGACCAGUUCGAAUACUGUCGACCGUGAGAAGGAGGCUCGGUUUGUUCAGUUGUUCCAGCGCAGUGAGAUCAAGCGAGCAUUGCUGACCCAAAUGCAGCGCGUGGGUUACCUUAAUCCCGGCUCAAACGAUCAGACACCGGCAUUGGUCGUUGCAUAUAAGAGUGGAAACUUGACAGCUUACGCGGCUUCGUGGCGCACGCAGGUGACAUGGCUCGUUCGACGAGUAGUGAUUUCGUAUUGGCGCAGCCUAGCUUCAAUCAUGACUCGCUCAAAGACAGAAGCGACUACGCAGUGGCAACGACUGGGAGCGAUUGGGUUGUUCCUAGUGUCACUCGUGUGGUUCCUCUGGUUCUGCUUUGCGACAAGAAGCACGGAGUAUGACACUUUCGAUGGAAUGAACCAAGGUGCUUCACUUAUUGCUUGGUCGACGCUGGUGACUGGCGCUAGCUUCGCGUUCGGUGCUAUCGCGACUGCUAGUCGUGGAAAUGAGAUCGCGUGCUGGCAACGUGAACAGGCUUGGCAAGCGUAUCCUGCGGUGGUAUACCACGUUUGCUCCUCUUUAGUUGAGCUGCUGUUUGUGCUCGUGAUCACACUUGUGGUCGCAGUGUUCUCUUUCACACUUUUCGGAUUCUGGUCUAUCACUGAAAGCGGCAGUUUCUCGCUCUACUGGCUCACGCUGGCGAUCUUCGCUCUUGGGCAAGCGUAUCUGGGCCAAUGGCUUGUGGGGCUGGCAUCAGGUGGAAGAGUUGCAGCAGCCGCUGGCGCUGGGAUCAAUUUGCUUCCGUUGUUAACGUUCGUUUGGCCCUGGAGGAAGAGCACACUGAGCUACUUGACCUGGUCGCUAUUGCCACAACGCUUUGCGCUUCAGGCUCUCCAAGCACUCGUGUUUGGUACAGCUGACUCGUGCGUUUACGAGAUGGAGAACAGUGAAGCUGAAAGUGUGAGACUUCAAUGUCGAGAACUACGACUGAUCCCAUCGGACGAGCACUUCUAUAGUGAGCACCAACAACUUACGGUGCAUUCAUUCGCAGAGCUCGAAUACGGUGCUGAACGUGGUGUUGUGGCGUUCCGCUUUGUCGAGCUACUAGUCUUCCUUGUGGUCUUCCGGGUCCUUGUGAUCGUGGCCUUGCAGAAGCGUCAAGUCCGAACCUAGUCAGAUUACUGCAUACUAUCUUAGUAGCAUAAUGUGAAAUGAAGGUUGUUUACCUAAAAUCUAAGACACAGUGGCG